CCUCCAUCGGCUGCAUCCGAACCAGACUCCAGCGCUUUGAACAUCACACAAGGAUCAUCCCCCACGUUUUACUGCUCUAUUACAGUACUUCACAUCUUAACAACAAGGGAACAAAUCCUUCCCAAACGGCAGACAUGAGACGAACGAGCUGCAGGUCGCUGGCUUCACUAGCCGCAUCCCUUCUCUUCCCCGCAGCCGCCCUCGCACAGCUCGGGCUCUCAUCAAAGCGCGGGCUGGCGUACCAGGGCGACGACCAUGAGGCCGAUAACCAGCUACUCACCUCGGAGUCGUCCCUCAUCAGCUGGUAUUACACCUGGUCGACGUGGCCGACGCCAGGCCUCAACGACUCCGUGGUCUUCCUCCCGCUCGUCCACGGCGUCGACGACGCCUCGGACUCGGGCCUCGUCUCACGCCUCAACGGGCUCCCGGAGUCGUCUACGCAUCUCCUGACCUUCAACGAGCCCGACGGAACCACGUCGUCCGGCGGCAGCAGCAUCGACCCGGAGGACGCCGCGAAGGCGUACCUCGAACACCUCGUCCCGCUCCGCUCCGCCAGCCCGCGCAGUUGGAAUAUCAGCCACCCGGUCGUCACGGGAUCCCCGCAGGGCAUCGAGUGGCUCCAGAAGUUCAACGAGUCGUGCUACGACCUGGACGACGCUGGGUGCCCGACCGAUUUCGUCAGCGUACACUGGUACGGCGACGCGACAGGGCUGCGGAACCACCUCGGCGCGCUGCGCGACUUUUACGACGACUCGGACGACCUUGAGUACUGGAUCACGGAGAUGGCGCUGCCGCAGCAGGACGCCGAGGCGACGCUCGCCAUGAUGAACGAGAGCCUGGCGUACCUGGACGGGCUGGACUACGUUGAGGGCUACGCGUGGUUCGGCGCGUUCCGCGAGGACGAGGCCAACGCGUGGACCGGCGACGCCGUGUCGCUGUUUGACGGCGACGGCGGCCUGACCGAUCUCGGGGCCCUGUACCUCGGCGGCGAGGAGCGGGGGUUCGAGACCGGCCAGAAGGGCGAGGGCAACUUUGCCACCUCUCUGUCGCCGGCCGGCGUGCUUCCGUGGGUGACGGUCUUUGGUGUCAUCGCGGCAUUGUGGUAGACGCCGGGGACUCCUGAAUCCGAUGAAGAGGGAGGAGAACGCGUGUCCUUACGGGGUGGAAGAAUGGGCAACGAGUACAUGGCUAUGAUUCACUUUUCACGUUGCACAUACGUGUGCUGGACACACAAAGCAUGGAGUUUUGAGUAAGGAACGAUACCUGGCCGGAUUUUUUCGGUCUGCAUAUUAUUAUACCACCAUACCCCUAUACAGCAGAUACCAUUAUACAGAACACACUUCAACUACUGUGCCGCCGUGAUAUGCCUCGGUUCACAACGAGCCAGUCCCUUCCACUUCCCCUGGCUUUUAAGAGUAGUCUGUGCCGGUUUUGAUGCUGCAAAAUGGCCUGCCAGUUGCGACUUGUUCAUCAACUUUGGUAGCUGAAGGGCAGCUUGGAAACUAAAGGCUUAGACAAUGUCCAUCGAAACUGACCAACACUCUACAACUCUACUUUUGUGUCCUCGUGGCCAUUGCCUCGGGUGAUUGCCUCUCACUCGUCAUGUAUGGGCCGUUAACUCGGAUGCCGAAACAACCUCGUCUA